GCCAUUGAAACUAAACUAGUCCGGACUUGUGAAGCGGCAAGAGAGAAGCGCAGCACAGCAGCCCUGAUGGCCGAGUGGAAAGCCUUCUACCACAAUGAGGAUGAGGAGGAAGAACAGGAGGAAGGAGAGCAAGCUGAGGGAGAUUACAAAAUCACAGGAAGAGACAGCUUGGUGUUCUUGAUCGAUGCCUCCAAGGAAAUGUUCAUCAAAGGAGAAGACGGACAGCCCUCCAACUUUGACAUGACCAUGCAGGUGGUGCGCAGUGUGUACACCAGUAAGAUCAUUAGCAGUCACAGGGACCUGGUGGCUCUAGUUUUCUACGGCACAGAACAAAGCAAGAACCCCAGGAACUCAUUCAAGCACGUGUAUGUUUACCACGACCUCGAUGAACCUGGUGCAAAGCGAGUGCAGGACGUGGACGCUCUGCGGGAGGCGAAAGGUGCAAAGCUCGCAGCAGAGACCAUGGGCAGUGGAGAGACAUCAUUAGGUGACGCGCUGUGGUGCUGCAGCAACCUCUACAGUGACAUCAAGCUUCGCCUCUCACACAAGAGACUCAUGAUCUUCACCUGCAGGGAUGAACCUCAUGGAGGCGACAGUACGAAGGAUCGACAGGCUCGCACCAAAGCCAGUGACCUCAAAGAAACAGGUGUUGUCAUUGAUUUAAUGCACCUGAUGAAACCUGGUGGUUUCGACGUCUCGAUAUUCUUUCGUGACAUUGUGAGUCCACCAGAGGACGAGAGCGAGUUGGCGUUGCAGCUGGAGCCGUGUCAAAAAAUGGAGGACCUCAAGAAGAGGGUGCGCGCCAAGGAGCAGAAGAAGAGAGCGAUGGCAAGGUUAAAACUGUGUCUGGGUGAGGACCUAAAAGUAGCCGUGGGGAUUUAUGCAAAUGCCGUGACGACCCGAAAACCUGGAGCCAUCAAACUUUACAGGGAAACCAACGAGCCAGUCCGCAGCAAAACCCGCACCUUCCACACCCAGACCGGCAGCCUGCUGCUGCCCAGUGACAUCAAGAAAGCCCAGGUGUAUGGUAAAAAGAAGAUAGUGAUGGAGAGGGAUGAGGUGGAUGCCAUCAAGAAGUUUGAUGAUCCAGGACUGAUUCUAAUCGGAUUCAAACCCAUGGAGAGUCUGAAACUGCAUCACCGUGUCCGGCCUUCUCUCUUCCUCUAUCCCGAAGAGGAUCAGGUUAAAGGAAGUGCAUGUCUGUUCUCCGCCUUGCUGACUAAGUGUAGCGAGAGGGACGUGUUCGCUCUGUGCCGUUGCAUCUCCCGCCGAAACCUCCCACCACGAUUUGUUGCCCUGGUGCCUCAGGAAGAAGAAGUCGACGAGGGGAAAGUACAGACUAUACCACCAGGUUUCAACGUCAUCUUCCUGCCGUACGCUGAUGAUAUACGGACGUUGGAUACUCCUCAGUUCCCGUCAGCCUCACAAACACAGGUGGAUAAGAUGAAGGAGAUUGUCUCCAAACUCCGCUUCAAAUACAGGAGUGAUGCAUUUGAGAACCCAGUCAUCCAGCAACAUUUCAGGAACCUGGAGGCCUUGGCUCUGGACAUGAUGGCUCCAGAAGAUACAGAUGACCUCAUCAUGCCAAAGGUGGAUCAGAUUGACGAUCGUCUUGGUCCUUUGGUGCAGGAGUUUAAAGACCUGGUCUACCCUUCCUACUACAACCCAGACAGCAAACCAGCUGCCAAACGCAAAACAGCAAACACCGAAGGUGCAGCUGAGAAGAAGCCAAAGCUUGAAGUGUCAGAAGACGAGCUGAAGGCCCACGUGCAGAACGGCACCUUGGGAAAGCUGACCGUGCCGGUGCUGAAGGAGGCCUGUAAGCAGUUUGGAGUUCGGACCACUGGUACCAAGAAGCAGGAGCUGAUCGAUGCUCUGGUGGCCCGCCUGGGUUAAUGAACACUCCCCCAGAUCUGUGUCUACUGUUAAACUUAAAAAAUCAUGUGUAAUAAAGCUUUCAGCCACUUUGUAAUAUCCAUGUCCUGGUAAAGUUAGUUUCAUCGGCUGCUCAUGAUUUUACUUCCUGUUUUGCUUGAUAAGAUUAAACUUGUUUCUUUACCAUU